AUGGAAUGCAGGAAAAUCAUGUUCAUGAAGCAUCCUGGGGUCUAUUCUAUAACAAGAAUACCAUUAUUUUGUUUCUCAGGGAAUUCUUUCCAAUCACAGUAUCUUAAGGAAGGACACAUUUCUCCUUCAUUACGUUCGGAGUCUAUCAAACACAGACAUAGUCGAGGUGUAGAUGAUUUAGGUGGGGUAUUCUACAACACUCAUCGCGAUCCUGAAGAACCAAUUAGAGAGCCUGUAUCUGGGGCUGAUUUGGUCAAAGGGGGCACUAGAACACCUCAAGAUCAAGAACAUGGGUCAAGAUCAGAUCUCACUGGGUGGGGUUCUGGUGCUACUACAAAUACAGAGCCUAAAACACAAUCAGACAACAAAGAAUGGAGCUCUGGAGAUCUUGAGGGUACGGAACUCGAUUCUGAAAGAGACCCUGGAGCAAUACAAGAUAUAGGUCUUAAAGCAGAAACAGGUAACACAGAUUGGAGCUCUAAAGAAUGGGGCUUUGACGCAACUCAAGAUGAGGAGCCUGCAGCAGAAAACAGAGAAUGGAGCUCUGAAGAUCCUGAAGAUAUGGAACUCUAUUCUGGAUGGGGCUCAGUCGCAACUCAAGAUGACGAGCCUGAAGCAGAAAACAAAGAAUGGACCUCUGAGGAUCCUGAAGAUACGGAACUCUACUCUGGAUGGAGCUCAGUCGCAACUCAAGAUGAGGAGCCUAAGGCAGAAAACAGAGAGUGGAUUUAUGAAGUUCCUGAAUAUACGGAACUCCAUUCUGGAUGGGACCAAGUCGCAACUCAAGAUGACGAGCCUGCAGCAGAAAACAGAGAAUGGAGCUCUGAAGAUCCUGAAGAUAUGGAACUCUAUUCUGGAUGGGGCUCAGUCGCAACUCAAGAUGACGAGCCUGAAGCAGAAAACAAAGAAUGGACCUCUGAGGAUCCUGAAGAUACGGAACUCUACUCUAGAUGGAGCUCAGUCGCAACUCAAGAUGAGGAGCCUAAGGCAGAAAACAGAGAGUGGAUUUAUGAAGAUCCUGAAUAUACGGAACUCCAUUCUGGAUGGGACCAAGUCGCAACUCAAGAUGACGAGCCUGCAGCAGAAAAUAGAGAAUGGACCUCUGAGGAUCCUGAAGAUACGGAACUCUACUCUGGAUGGGGCUCAGUCGCAACUCAAGAUGAGGAGCGUAAGGCAGAAAACAGAGAAUGGAUUUAUGAAGAUCCUGAAUAUACGGAACUCCAUUCUGGAUGGGGCCCAGUCGCAACUCAAGAUGACGAGCCUGCAGCAGAAAACAGAGAAUGGACCUCUGAGGAUCCUGAAGAUACGGAACUCCACUCUGGAUUGGGCUCAGUCGCAACUAAAGAUGACGAGCCCGAAGCAGAAAACAGAGAAUGGAGCUCUGAAGAUCCUGAACAUAUGGAACUCCAUUCCGGAUGGGCCUCAGUCACAACUCAGGAUAUGGAGCCUGAAGCAGAAAAUAGAGAAUGGACCUCUGAGAAUCCUGAAGAUACGGAACUCCACUCUGGAUUGGGCUCAGUCGCAACUCAAGAUGACGAGCCUGCAGCAGAAAACAGAGAAUGGAUUUAUAAAAAUCCUGAAGAUACAGAACUCCUCUCUGGAUGGGGCUCAGUCGCAACUCAAGAUGACGAGCCUGAGGCAGAAAACAGAGAAUGGAGCAAUAAAGAUCCUGAAGAUAUGGAGCUUCAUUCUGGAUGGGGCUCAUUCACAGCUCAGGAUAUGGAGCCUGAAGCAGAAAACAGAGAAUGGACCUCUGAGGAUCCUGAAGAUACGGAACUCCACUCUGGAUUGGGCUCAGUCGCAACUCAAGAUGACGAGCCUGAAGCAAAAAACAGAGAAAGGACCUCUGAGGAUCCUGAAGAUACGGAACUCCAUUCUGGACGGGGCUCAGUCGUAACUCAAGAUGAGGAGCCUGACACAGAAAACAGAGAAUGGAUAUAUGAAGAUCCUGAAGAUACGGAACUCCAUUCUAGACGGGGCUCAGUCGUAACUCAAGAUGAGGAGCCUGAAGCAGAAAACAGAGAAUGGGGCUCUGAAGAUCCUGAAGAUAUGGAACUCCGUUCUGGCUGGAGCUCAGUCGCAACUCAGGAUAUGGAGCCUGAAACAAAAAACAGAGAAUGGAGCUCUGAAGAUCCUGAAGAUACGGGACUAUAUUCUAGAUGGGGCUUAGUCGCAACUCAGGAUAAGGAGCCUGAAGCAAAAACAGGUAAUAUAGAAUGGAGCUCUGAAAAUCUCAAAGACGUGGGACUUGAUUCUGAGACAAAGCUUGAUAAAAGGGAUACUGGAAAUCCUGAAGAUAAGGAACCGGAAUCCAGAACUGAGGAACAAAACCGGAGCUUUGGUACAGCUCAAAAUAUGGAAGAGGAACUGCAAAAGCAGGCAGAUUUACAAACCUCAGUGAGAUCUGAUAGGUCAUCGGUUGAUGAUCCGGCAUCAAAGUAUGCUAUUUUGCCUGAGGACAAGAUGCAUUUGAACCCGAAGCAGUUUUCCAUAAAAGGUCUAAAAGGAAAAUCAGCGCUCAGUUCAUCUGCAGACGGAGAUACCAUAUUCAUCAUACAAUUUCCAUCCCAAGGAAAAACAACUGCACCACUAAGGAAUGAGAAAAACGACGAAGUAAAAUCGCCUAAUGGUAAAGUCUUGAAUCUUAAUUCAGUUAUUCAGUUGAAUUCAGUCGACGAUGGUGAUGGCCACGCAAAAAUGAUGGAAGAGAAAAAGCCUGAGGAAAAAAGUUGGAUUUCAGUCGCUGAAGCUGUUGUUGGCUUUUCCGUCACAAUGAUUGUACUUUUUGUCGCCUUUCUCCUAUUUGCAUGGUAAGCUAUGUUUUUAUGUAAGUGUUACUGCGCUAACGUUUGGUAUUAGUAGGAUUUUGGCAGGCAUAUGUAAGAUGUUAGUUCUCAUCUGCCGAAUAACUCUCUCCGCUGGCCAUAGACAAAUUGUGAGAGACACAAUGGCUUAACCCUUUAACCCCUAGGAGUGACCAGCUUCCAAUUUUUCCUUACAUUGUCACCCGUGAAUCAAACAUUGAGGUCACGAGAAUGAAGGAAACUAUCAUCACCUUAUAAAGCUCUUGAUUUUUAAACAAAUUCUCCUUGUCAGCACUUCAGGAAAUGCACAGAGAACAGUAUGGAGAAUAUGCAUACUGAUGUUAGGGUGUAAAGGGUUAAUGGUGAGCAUGCAGGACUGCGAGAUAAGGAGGUCUGGAUUUAAGCCAUGGAUUGAUAGGUCAUUGAUCUGUUCUUGUUGUUGCCUCCGGAAUGUGAAGAUUGUCCAUCACCGCAUACCUUUUUGAACAAGAGGAAUUUGCAAAAUAAAGGCAAAUGAAGUCGUUUGUUACAAAGUCCUGCCGGACGGUCUAAACCUAAACACAUCAAUUUGAUUGUCAGCUCAAAAGUGAAAAGUAACAUCUUGUAAAUCUUGAUCUUCCUAUAAUCCCUUGUUUAGGACAUGAUUGAUGUCAAUCUUGAUGCUUAUCUCAUCUGGGCUUGUCACAACAGUCCUAAAAUGACCUUGCAAUCUGUUACCAUUAUUGUCAUUUAAGCUAAUUGACAUUACAAAUUAAACUCUUCAUAUCACUUUCUCUACAAAGGCCAGUACGAAAGUACUACGCACGUUUAUCCAAGCGCACUAGGAAUAACGACCGUUUUGAGCGAGGAGGACAAUAUCAGGAAGAUGCACUGACAAGUAUCAGAGUUGACAAGGGUCAUCCAUGGAAUCCUCCAGUUCAGCGGACAACCAACUACCCAGCACCAACAAGCUAUCAAGUGCCAGGACAAUAUGCGGAAGAUGCACUGACAAGUAUCAGAGUUGACAAGGGUCAUCUAUGGAAUCCUCCAGUUCAGCAGACAACCAACCACCCAGCACCAAUAAGCUAUCAAGUGCCAGGUAUUCACCAAGAUCAAUCGUCAUCGUUGAGUUCAUUUUUAGACCCAAAAUAAUUAUACAAUCCUGAGACUUAACAGAGUUAAUUUUUCUUCUAAAAAUUUUCGAAAUGUUGAUAAAGGAAAAUGAUAGAGUCGCACCAAUGUAACAAACCAGGUGGCAUGAAUGGGGAACUUUAUACCCAAAGCACCCCACUUAGCCUGAAAUGGGAAGGGAUUUGAAGUUUUAUAUCUAUAUUUCCAAAUGGGGGCUCAAAAGGGAAAGCUGGGAGCUUAAAUGAGAGCUUUGGGUUACGAAAUCAAUUUUUCGCCUUUUGCUGUCUCUCGCAGAAGGUACUAAGGUUCAGAGGGAAAGCAUGUCCGCCUAUAUCGCAUGGAGGACAUGGGCAGAUGUUGCCGCUGAUGACAAAAAGAGAGAUCGAAGAAAUGCAGAGAGGAGAAAGAUUAUCAAGAAACAGACUACCGGAAAAAAAGACUCCUUCGCGAACAGCAUAAAAGUUGCCAAAUUGAUCAUUGAUGCACAUACAAAGAACAAGAAAAAAGAGAAGAAGGCAUCUCAAAAGCGACGUAUUAUCAAGCACUGCACUUCUGAAGUUGACAACAGACGAAGAAUGUCCCUUACACAACAGCUUGAAACUGCUCGAUCGAUAAUUGCCCCUGAUACGAGUCAACAAGAGGGCCUGGAACGAUCAAAGAAUAAGAGCCGCUUGAUUAAGGAUCAGCUGGCUGGAAAAAGAAGGCCAUCAUUCUCAGAGGAAAUCGAAGUUGGCAAGAAGGUGAUUGUGGACAAUGAGAAGAGGUUUAGAGUACCACCAGCCGUUGCUCAGGAGGUAAGGACUUUUCAUUUUAUACAUAUUUCCCUUAUAGUAUAAAACACUGUCAGGCAGGUAAUUGCGCGCAACUUAGUUUACGUAUAUGUGAGCGUUACUAUAUAGAACAAAAAAAAAUAGUUUAUUUUAUCUGCAAGCCAAACAGACAAGCAAAUUAAAAGAAAAUGAAACCAAUUCACAAUCAGAGCUACAUUUGAUGUAAGAUCACUCUUUACUGUAUGUACUAACCGUUGUGAUAAUGCGUUUCCCGUUGUCAAACAGAUGCUUGGCGUGCAAGUGCCUCUUGCCAGAAAAAGGAGUUACACCUACUCCGAGAUUCUUGACGACCUGAUUAAAACAGAUGGA